CCAAUCCACAUAAUAUAUAAUCACCCUCUUUCUUCCCAUGUCUGGCGACUUUCCUUGAGAUUGUCCUCAUUCCAUCUUACCCAGGAUCUAAUAUGAGCGGCGGCGGCGUUGAUAUCAUGGACAGAUUCUGGAGCACGCCUCCGGUCACGCGGACGAUUGUAGCUGCAAUGUUUGCAGAAUCUGCACUGGUCCAUUCAGGUCUGGUAUCUGGCAUGCGGAUCAUCUAUCACACACCUUGGAUAUUCAAGUUCCCUCCUGAGCUUUGGCGGCUACUUUCCUCCUUCCUCUUGACGGGUGGUGGCUUUUCCUUUGUCUUCGACCUGUACUUCAUGUACACAUAUGCCUCUGGCCUAGAACUGAAUUCUCCUCGCUUUGCACAACCGGGCGACUUCUUCACCUAUGUCCUUUUCGUGGCAACUGCCAUCCUGGUCAGUCCUCCAGCUUUUUCUCUCUUCAUCCAGACAUUCCCAUUUUUACCCCCAACACCUCGCAUAUCUGCCCGCCCAGCCAUUUCUAGCUGAAGCGGUUCCUGGAAACGAGGGAGAUUACCCCUGUGGCACAUAAAAUUCCCUUCAUUCGCAAAACUGUCAAUAGGACUUUAUGCGGCACAGGCAUGGUGGUGGCUCCAUUGAGAAAGCUGUUCGUGAACAUUCAAUUUGCGUUUGGCGGUUUAGGCUUCCUACAUCACAACACAUUGCAACAACUGGUCUUCCACACCGUCGUAAUGUCGGUCUACUGACUUUGGAGAAGGUAUCUGGAGGGCUUGUCCUCGGUGGCCACGUCUUUACCCAGGCCCUCCUUCUUGCCCUCAUUUACACUUUUGCCCAGGAUAACAGGGGCAAGAAAGCACAUUUCAUCAUACUCCAAAUCCCAGUCGAGCUGCUCCCUUGGGCUAUGCUCACGUUGACCCUGAUAAUGGGCGGGCCGCAGGCAGCCCUGCAACAAGCCACUGGCGUCUUUGCCGCUCACCUCUACGACUUUCUCACAAGACUGUACCCAACCUUCCAGGGAGGCAGAAAUUACAUACAAACUCCAGCAGCAAUCAAGAGAUAUUUUGGCGCAGAUCGAAGCGCAUUCACUCACAAAGCCUAUGGCACGAGCUUCAGACCCGGCCAGAGCGUCCCCCAGCAGCAGUCUCGCGGUUGGACUAGUGGCUUUUCAAACUCUUGGGGUGGUAGGGGCGCCGGCCGGCGGCUGGGAGGCGACUGAGGGUCCUUUGCUCAGCGAUAUAUUGUGAACAACCUGUAUAACAGCAUUUGAUGAGACAUGAGAUACCCGCCAAUCAGACAUGUUCAAUACUGAAGAACAAUGCCAUCGUCGUCCUCAAGGAUGGACUCCUCUGCCAAGACCAACUUGCAGCUGAAACAUGUUGGACCUCAGGGGUCGAUCCACAUGGAAUCCACAGCCUUGUCUUCUCCACGGGUUUCAUACGUUUCUCGUCUCACGGCUCCAGUGUUUCCGGUCAAUCCUCUUCCACAUUCUGGAUGCGCCCAUUGUGACUCGCUACCGCCAAGAUGGACCUGCCACAUCACAUGCUCCAAAGUUUGCUUGACGAGGACAAGAUGCGUCUCGAAGCAUAUGGGGAAACACUGUCCACGCAAUGCUUGAGCCAGACUUCUCGCUUGCACUGGAUACAGGCGUGAACUCGCACGCAUAGUCGUCAGAGGGAUCCUCUGGAUCGACAAAAACCAUGCAUUUUGAGGCUGUGCAUUCAACGAAGCUCAGUCACGGCCGCUACGAUGGUCGUGCUUCCCUGUCACCAGUCCACGGACUCAUUGCUGCGAAUGCAAGAGAAUUGUGGUUCUCGAGUAUCACGUUGUGGAUUCGCAUCACAAAGACUGGAUCGUGACCAUGCAAAAGCAAGGAGAAGGAAAAUCUUUUCUUUUCAACCCUUCGAUAUAUAUGAAAGCCUUCUCCCCCUUCUAUCCUCCUGAGUCUCUCAACAUCCCGUGCCCUU